AUGAAUAAACUUACUAAACUAAUACCCUUAACUCAAGGUAUAACCAAAACAAAUACAAAUUAUCUUAUAAAAAGAUCAUUAUCAACUAUUAUAUCUAGAUCUACAAAACAACAUUUUAAUUUAUAUAAAUCAAAGGCAAAUUCAAAAAAUUUUAUAAGAUCAGUCUCAAAUUCAACAAUAAACUUACUACAAUCACAGGAACAAUUGGCAAAUAACGAUUUAAAUAAUACUACUGCACAAUAUGAAUUUUAUAAAUCACUUUUAGCAAAUAAUUAUCCUCAUAUUGUUGUACAAAGAUAUGAAACUCCAGGUAUUGCAGCAUCAAAUGAUUGUACUCAAUUAUAUAUAGAAGCAUUAAAUAAAAUUGGUAAAAAGGGAAAAGCAGAACAAGUGGCAAAUGCAUUAAAUUCAAGUUAUCAUAAUAAUUCACAUCAAAAUACUAAUAGUAAUAGUAAUAAUAAUGGAUUUCCUCAUGGAUUUGGAUCACGAUAUGAACCAGUACAUGUUGUUGUAAGUGAAUCUUUAUUAACUAUAUUAUCAAAAUGGCUUAAAUGGUUAGUACCAGUUGCAUUAAUAACAUAUGGAGCAACAAAUGCUUUUAAUUAUCUUGUUGAAAAUGGUACAAUUUUUAAAAAUGCAGAAGUUAAUGAUAAAUCAGUUGAUGUUAGUCAAAGUACAGUAAGGUUUACAGAUGUUCAAGGUUGUGAUGAAGCAAGAGCUGAAUUAGAAGAAAUUGUUGAUUUUUUAAAAGAUCCAUCAAAAUUUACUGGAUUAGGUGGGAAAUUACCAAAAGGUGUUUUAUUGACUGGUCCACCAGGUACUGGUAAAACUUUAUUAGCAAGAGCAACAGCUGGAGAGGCAGGUGUACCUUUUUUUUUCAUGAGUGGUUCAGAAUUUGAUGAAUUAUAUGUUGGUGUGGGAGCAAAAAGAAUUAGAGAACUUUUCAGUCAAGCAAGAGAAAAAUCACCAGCUAUAAUUUUCAUUGAUGAACUAGAUGCAAUUGGAGGUAAAAGAAAUCCAAAAGAUCAAGCAUAUGCAAAACAAACAUUGAAUCAAUUGUUGGUUGAGUUAGAUGGAUUUAGUCAAACUUCAGGUAUAAUUAUAAUUGGUGCAACAAAUUUCCCAGAAUCUUUGGAUAAAGCAUUAACAAGACCUGGUAGAUUUGAUAAAGAAGUUAUAGUUGAUUUACCAGAUGUUAGAGGUAGAGUUGAUAUUUUAAAACAUCAUAUGCAAAAUGUUGAAACUGCUGAUGAUGUUGAUCCAUCAAUUAUUGCAAGAGGUACUCCUGGAUUAUCUGGUGCUGAAUUAAUGAAUUUAGUUAAUCAAGCAGCAGUCCAUGCAUCACAAUUAUCUGCACCAGCAGUUGAUAUGUUACAUUUUGAAUGGGCAAAAGAUAAAAUUUUAAUGGGAGCAGCUAAAAAGAAAAUGGUUAUAACUGAAGAAUCUAGAAUUAAUACCGCAUAUCAUGAAGCAGGUCAUGCAAUAAUGGCUAUGUUUUCACCAGGUGCUACACCAUUAUAUAAAGCAACUAUAUUACCAAGAGGUAGAGCAUUAGGUAUAACUUUCCAAUUACCAGAAAUGGAUAAAGUAGAUAUGUCAAAAAAGGAAUGUUUUGCAAGACUUGAUGUAUGUAUGGGUGGUAAAAUAGCAGAAGAAAUGAUUAAUGGAGCUGAAAAUGUUACAAGUGGUUGUUCAUCAGAUUUAUCAAAUGCAACAGGAGUAGCAAGAGCAAUGGUUUUAAGUUAUGGAAUGUCUGAUAAAAUAGGACCAGUUAAAUUAAGUGAUGAUUGGGAAUCAUGGAGUCCACAAAUUAAAAAUUUAGCUGAUAAUGAAGUACGAUCAUUUUUAGUAGAUUCAGAAGUUAGAACAAGAGAUUUAUUACAAAAAAAAUCUACAGAAUUGAAAAGAUUAGCUGAAGGAUUAUUAGAAUAUGAAACUUUAACUAAAGAAGAAAUGGAUAAAAUUGUUAAAGGUGAAAAAAUUAAUAAAGAAAAAACAAUAAGUAAUACUGUUAUAAAGAAAUCUUCUUCGACUAAUGAUAUAAAGAAUGUAAUUACUGCAUAG